AUGCCGGGCAAACCCACGAGCAGUCGUUGGAAUCUGGAGUGCAGAAAUGGAAUUAUACAUUCGAUCCAGGAGAACCAGACUCCCUCUGCUUCUGGGGACAUAGAGUGCCCGUUUCUAGCACCGUCUCUCUGUCACCCGCAUAUCCAUCUGGACAAAUGCUUCUUACUGUCCCACCCCAAGUAUGCGGAUUUGGAGAUCAAGGAUGGGGAUUUUGCAGAAGCCAUGAAACUGACAAGCGAGGCAAAAUCCCGAUUUGAGCUUGAUGAUCUCACGGAACGAGGGCGCGCUUUGAUAGAAGAAAGUAUCAGCUUCGGAGUCACUCACAUGAGAGCCUUCGUUGAGGUCGACCAAGGCGUGGGCCUGAAGUGCCUCGAAGCAGGCUUGCUGCUCAGAGAUGAGUUCAUGGAUCGAUGCUAUAUUUCCAUUUGCGUUUUUGCUCAGGAUCCCAUCUUCAGCUAUGAGGACGGAGGAGAGGCGAUGAUCAGAUUGCUGAAGGAAGCUGUGGGGAAGCCCGGGGUUGAAGCUCUAGGGAGCACCCCUUAUGUGGAAAAAGGGGACAUUCAAAUGCAGAUAAAGAAUAUGGAAUUCGCCAUACGCACAGCCAAAGAGUAUAAGCUGCACUUGGACUUCCAUAUCGACUAUAACUUAGAUCCUAGUAAGGAGAGUUCCAUACUACAUGCUAUUGGGCUUUUACAUAGUAUAGGGUGGCCAUCGGACCCGGCUUCCCCGGAUUUUAGAACGAUAGUCUUUGGUCACUGUACUCGACUCACUCUAUUCGAGGAAGAAGACUGGUUAGAUCUACGCCGCAAGAUUCAGAACUUGCCAGUAUCGUUUGUCGGGUUACCGACGUCAGAUAUGUUCAUGAUGGGCAGGCCGGCUGCAAGCUCUGGGGGUGGCCAGAGGCCUCGAGGAACGCUCCAAGUACCGCAGAUGAUCCAGAAGUAUGGAUUGAAUGCUGCUCUUGGUAUUAACAAUGUCGGCAAUGCUUUUACCCCCCACGGAAGCUGUGAUCCCCUCAGCCUCGCGAGCUUUGGGGUUGGGGUAUAUCAGGCUGGCACCAAGGUAGACGCGGAGAUAUUACUGCAAUGCAUAUCAACCAGAGCUAAAGCGGCUAUUGGAUUAAACCCCUUGAUAUCAACUGAUCUCGAGCCUCGGGUCGGGCAGCCUGCGGAUUUUGUCAUGUUUGGCAGCCAGUCUGGUACUGGAUCCAGAUCAUUCAGAUCAAGGAAGACGACGCAGGAGCUCGUCUACGAUGCAGGAAAUGACCGGGUAACAAUCUUUCAUGGCAAAACGGUCAGUCGUUGA